UCUCCCUCGUCAACUUAAGGCAUCGAAACAGAAACCAAGUAGCCAACCAACUUAUCCAAAUUCCAAACGAAGAAAGCAAAAUCCGAAGACGAACGCAGAGACUUGCCAAAAUGACUACGCUUAAAACAUCCUCAUCCUUUUUGAGGCUAUAUUCUUUGCCCUCGCACUGUAAAUCCAUAUCCUCUUCAUCUCUGAAUCUGAUCAGUGUACCGGAUUAUCGUUCUUGUGGGCUCAUCUAUAGUAAACCCUAUCGGUUGAGGAAUUUGACUCUGCGGUCAAAUCUCGAGUUUCAGAAGGAUGCGCCUUUGGAAAUGGCAGAUAAGUGGCGUAAUACGGCUCUUCUUGUCAUUGACAUGCAGAGAGACUUUAUAGAAGAUGGGGGUCCCAUGGUAGUAAAAGGUGGCAAAGCAGUAGUUCCCAACGUCAUUAAGGCUGUGGAAGUUGCUAGGCAGCGUGGCAUACUCAUAGUUUGGGUUGUACGUGAACAUGAUCCCUUAGGAAGGGAUGUUGAACUCUUCCGGCGGCAUUUAUAUGGAGCAGGGGUAGUUGGACCAACUGCUAAGGGAAGUGCAGGUGCAGAAUUAGUUGAUGGCUUGGUAAUAAGAGAAGGGGAUUAUAAGCUGGUGAAGAUGAGGUUUAGUGCAUUUUUUGCUACACACCUUCAUUCAUUCCUUCAAGGAGCAGGGAUUAAUAGUCUAGUGAUCACUGGCGUUCAAACUCCAAAUUGCAUCAGGCAGACUGUUUAUGAUGCUGUAGCAUUAGAUUAUCAACCUGUAACUGUUAUUCUUGAUGCCACUGCUGCUGCCACGCCGGAUAUCCAUCUAGCCAACAUAUAUGACAUGAAAAAUAUUGGAGUUGUAACCCCAACAUUACAAGAAUGGAGUAAUGUCUGAAGCUGGAUCUGCAUAGACCAUGCGGCUGUUUGCACCCUGUUGUAUAUCCAAGAGGCUUAGGCUUUGAUGUCUUUUGCAUGAUUAACUGUGAAGUGAAAUGUAACUCAUGUAUUUCUCAACCUAGGCUAUCUCCAUCUCAUGUAUUCCUCAACCUAGGUCAUCUCUAGUAAUGGAGGGAGAGAAAGAAUAAAUGUUCAGCUCUCGACUCGAGUCUCACUCUUAUCUGAUCUCACCGUUUUUUUUUAAAGCUUUAUCCCUUUAGCAGAAGAUCCUAGUACUGCUUCCCUUAGCAUACGAGUGUCUUUUUUUUUUUUUUUUUUUUUUGGGACCGAGGAAAAAAAAUUGUUUGAAUGCUUCUCCAAUAAUGGCUUGGUCAGCGUCUACACUCUGCUGUAAAAGCGGUAGAUUACUUGCAAUGGAGGGGCUAUGGACCCUCUUUUGUGUCUGCUAAUGCUUAUCAAACUUUUAAGGAUUCCUUUCAGAUCCAAUGGCAAUAUGAGCUCGGAAACACUUUUUUUGGUCCAGAAAAGACAAGUCAUUGUGAAUAUAGAGGAAAAGGAGUUCGCUGAAGACAAAAAUGACAGAAAAGCAGUGUAGAGGAAUUCAAUUUAAGCACGUCAAGCUAGCUCAAGCUUCAUAUUAGCUGAAAAGCUUCCUCCAAGCUUAGAUGAAUAAUGAGUGGAGAUGGAGAUUAGAUGGAUGAAUGGAUGAGGAAGGCGUGAAAUUGAAAGGAUGAGAGAAGAGGUGUGGUAUUUGGGCAAGACAGAUAUAGAGAUGAUCAGUGCAACAUGGUGUGGGUCCGUUGAAGAUAGUGGGAAAUGAUCAUGAAGCUGAGUCUGUGGAUGUGAUAGUGGAACGCCAUGUGAAGGAGGCUCCAAAAAGGGAGAAAAGGAGCCGAAAGUGUUGAAAGAGAGAGGAAAAUGGCUUAUGGGGCAAAUUGCUACCACGAACACUUUGAUCCAUGAGAAAUUCAUAUGUGAUCCUGCGUGACAUAUUA